AUGGAAAAAAAAAAGAAGAAAAGAGGACGUGAAAGCGUUGUAAUUAAUGAAGCUAGAGGGAAAUUCUCUUUGGAGAGUAUUGUUGGAGUCCUGUGGUGUUUUCCCUCACCCCUCCACACUAGGGGAAAGGAGAAAGAUGUUUCCCAGUUCACCUCAAGCCUAAUGAGACAGACUUUAAGAGGACUACUCAGAAGACCUGCUAUGUAUUACAUAACUGUAGGGGUCACUGUUCAUUCUAUAAUCUAUGUACCUGGUGACCUGAGAACUAUAUCAUUUGACAAUCAAGGACAGAGUGGACUAGGGUUUGACUGGUUCUUGACUCACACCAAGGAGAGGCUGAUGGAAGCAUUGAGUAGAGGGCAGUGUUGA